GGCGUGGGCGAAUGGACUUGGUCGAGGUCAAGUACACGGCCGAGGACCGCAGCAAGAGCUUUGGGCUGCGGCUCAUGCCCGCGACCGAGAACGGGUCCGGCGCUGUUCUUGUGGGCUUUACGGCGGAGCGCCGCCCGAGCAUGCGCGACCUUCCGCCGUUCCGCUACCAGCUGCACUCGCUCGAUGACAUGGCGCUCACGGCGAUGCCUUUCAAGACAAUUGUGGCCACGCUCGCCAAGCACACCACAUACCCCGUCAUGGUCCGGUUCGUCUCGUGCCCCAUGGCGUGCGAGCUCGCGUUCCCAACCAAGCACAAGAAACUCAACCUGAAGGUCGAGGAAGCAGGUGGUCGGCUGCGUAUCGUCGAGUACUGGAGGCCGUUCCGGACUCAGAGCCCGAUCCCGAGCAUCGCCCUCGGGAGCCACUACAUUGCGGCCAUCAAUGGGAUUGCCACAUUGACGUCACAGCAGGUCAUUGAGCUAUUACGAACCGAGACGACGUUUCCAGCCAUCGUGCACGUCUCGAUCGAGCAAGACGACGAGAGCACGUUGGUCCAAGGAAGGCUCUUGAGCGGCCGCGCGACGCGGCAGUCCGCGAGCAGCCCGCCGCCACCCAAGCGAGCGCGGCCCAAUGUCGUGGCAGCACCGACGCUGCCCUCGACGUCCAUCGACAACCCGAUCGUGCUCUCCGACUCAUCCGACGGCGACGACGCCGCAGAAGCCAAGCCGUUAGCACCGGCUUCGGGCGCAUUCUUGGUGCGCGGCAAGGCCGUGCGGUCGCUCUUUGGUGUCGGAACCAUUCGCCACGUUGCGAUCCACCCUGAGCAUAGCAUCUUCACCGUGCGCUUGCCUGGCGGCGGCGUCGGGUACUUUAACCGGCAAAGCUUGCACUGCGUCGACGAGGAGCCGUAUGCGACGUACCUCAAGCGGCGCACCAAGGGUCAAGUCGUUUUGACGUACGGCGACGUAGGUCGGCUCGACGACGGCCGGCUCUUUAACGACUCGAUCUUGGAGUUUUACCUGAGCUAUCUCUACGACACGCUGCCACUGCAGCACGCCACGUAUAUCUGCAGCACGUUUCUCUUUGGAACGUUCCAGCAAGCGCGCAAGAAUGGACUAGACGCGGCGCACGCGGCCGUGAAGCGAUGGACCAAGGCCAUCGACCUCUUCGAGACCAAGUAUCUCGUCGUGCCCAUCAACGAGACAGGGCACUGGAGCGUCGCGAUUGUCUGCAAUUUGAACCGGUUUGUCCAAGCCAAUGUCUGCAAGUGCAGUCUCUUCCGUCCCGAAGCGAUUUGCACACCGACGAUCUGCAAUAUGUGCCACCGCCCGCGCGAGAUCGAGCAAGGAAUCAACGACAACGUGUGCAUCGUGAUGCUGGAUUCGCUCAAGUGCCAUCGGACGGUGCGCAUCACAAAGUUCCUCCGCGAGUAUCUGCAACUCGAGUGGGAUACGACCCAUCGCAGCGUGCAUGGUCCGCUGCUUCUCAACCAGAAAGUGCUGCCGGCCGUCGUCCCGCCGUGGAUUCCGCGCCAGACCAACAACUGCGACUGCGGCGUGUUUGUGCUCCAGUACGUCGAGCUCUUCUUACGCCGCCCGCCGCGCAUCAACGUCGAGUUUGUUUUGGCCAAGCGCACAAAAGCCGCCGCCGCGAGCCUCUCGCUCCUCAGCAACGAGACGGUGCUGGACGCCACGUGGUUUGAGGACGCGGCGAUUCCCGCCAAGCGAAGGCACCUCGAACACCUCAUGCAAGACCCGCGCGUGGUGCAGUUGCAUGCGCCCCCGAUGGCCGACAUGAUGCCGACGUGGUCCGACGAUCGAUGA